AUGAUUAAAUUAAUCGGAAGAAAAUCAAAUUGGGUAUCCUCCAAUUUUCUGUCAAGAAGAGGAUUGUGUUUGGGAGCCCUUCCUAAUGGCUCCGCCAUGGAGCACUUGAUCACUCAGCUCCAAUCUCACGUCCAUAACGUCCUUGCCGGUGGUGGACCACAAGCUGUCAAAAGGAACAGUAGCAGAAACAAACUUCUUCCCAGAGAAAGAAUCGAUCGCAUCCUUGAUCCCGGUUCUUCGUUCCUUGAACUCUCACAGCUUGCAGGACAUGAGUUGUAUGAAGAGCCUUUGCCAUCUGGUGGGGUUGUGACUGGGAUAGGUCCGGUUCAUGGCAGACUUUGUAUGUUUGUGGCGAAUGAUCCCACUGUUAAAGGAGGGACUUAUUAUCCUAUUACUGUUAAGAAACAUCUCAGGGCACAGGAGAUUGCUGCUCAAUGCAAUUUGCCAUGCGUGUAUCUCGUUGACAGUGGCGGUGCUUUCCUUCCCAAGCAGGCUGAUGUGUUUCCGGAUAGGGAGAAUUUUGGUAGAAUAUUCUAUAAUCAGGCUAUAAUGUCUGCUCAGGGGAUUCCGCAAAUUGCUUUGGUGUUAGGUUCUUGCACUGCUGGUGGUGCUUAUAUACCUGCUAUGGCCGAUGAAAGCGUGAUGGUCAAGGGUAAUGGCACUAUUUUUUUAGCAGGGCCACCUCUUGUUAAGGCUGCCACUGGCGAAGAAGUCUCUGCUGAGGAUUUAGGAGGUGCUGCUGUCCACUGCAAGACAUCGGGUGUUUCAGACUAUUUUGCUCAAGAUGAGCUUCAUGCACUUGCACUUGGGAGGGACAUUGUUAAGAAUUUGCAUAUGGCUGGGAAAGAUGUCUCGACAAAUGGAUUACAAAAUAUGAAUUAUGAAUAUAAAGAGCCACUAUAUGAUGUCAAUGAACUUCGAUCUAUUGCUCCCGUUGAUCUUAAGCAGCAGUUUGAUAUCAGAGAAGUGAUUUCUCGCAUUGUUGACGGAAGUGAAUUUGACGAAUUCAAGAAACUGUAUGGCACUACUCUUGUAACAGGUUUUGCUAGGAUUUACGGACAGCCUGUAGGAAUUAUCGGAAACAAUGGGAUUUUAUUUAAUGAAUCUGCUCUGAAAGGGGCUCAUUUCAUUGAAUUGUGUACUCAACGUAACAUUCCCAUGGUCUUUCUUCAAAACAUCACUGGAUUCAUGGUGGGGUCAAGAUCCGAGGCAAAUGGCAUAGCAAAGUCUGGUGCGAAAAUGGUGAUGGCUGUAUCUUGCGCAAAGGUACCUAAAAUCACUAUAAUUGUUGGUGGAAGCUUUGGUGCCGGAAACUAUGCAAUGUGUGGCCGUGCCUAUAGUCCAAACUUCAUGUUCCUUUGGCCUAAUGCGAGAAUAUCAGUGAUGGGUGGUGCUCAGGCUGCUGGUGUUCUGGCACAAGUAGAGAAAGGCAGUAAGAAAAAGCAAGGAAUUCAGUGGAACAAGGACGAGGAAGAAAAGUUCAAAACAAAAGUAGUUGAGGCGUAUGAGAGAGAAGGAAGUCCUUAUUACUCAACGGCGAGGCUUUGGGAUGAUGGAAUUGUUGAUCCAGCUGAUACAAGAAAAAUAAUUGGUCUAUGUGUUUCAGCUUCCCUGAACCGUCCCACAGGAAAUACCAAAUAUGGUGUAUUUAGAAUGUGA